AAAGCGUUUUUCUUUGCGUACCAAGCACCGUACAUCCAUUAUUCUGUGUUAAAGUGUGUUUCAUCAUCAGCCAGAUUUUUGCAAACCCCCCUUUUUCAAUCAAAAAAGGAAGAUUCCCUCUCUGUGUGUUCGGUUCUGCGGUCGCAAAAGGCGGUGUGUAAUGAUUUCGGAAUUUUCAGUUAUCCAGGAAAACUUUUACGCGUUUGUGGUUUCAUUUACGGUGAACGAGCUGUGUGAAUUCCAUUGAAUAUUCGUACGAAUGAGCUGAAACGCAAAGAGCACAAAAUCCCAACAGUUUGAAAUAUUCAUCGCUUUUUCCACAGUUAAUUGUGUGCAACUUUGUACGGCAUUUUUAAUUAGAGAGAAAAAAUGAAAGGAUUGUCGAGUAUGAUGGAAAUGAAAAUUCAACAUUCGUGAAUAACGCGGAAAUUUUUUUGGAAGCCCUUUUGUUCACCAGAUAAAACAGCAAAGAAGAGCAAAAGGUUAGCCAGGUAGAGCAAUUGAAUGGAAGCACCAUAGUGAUAUGUUGGCUCAAUCUGAGAAACGUGAAAAGAGAAGCAAAAUAAAAAAAGGAAGCGUGAAGCUCGUGAAAGUCGUGUACAUAUACCUUAGGGCCUUAGGGCAAAGCAACAAGUUUCAUUAGCGAAGCGGUGUGAAAUUAUUGAUCAAUUAUAUCCCUGCCGAAACCUUGGGGCUGUUUUGAAUUGAAAUCGUGAUUAGCACAUAUCGAAUAGUAAGAACAAAACUACGAUCUAUAUCAAAUUGCUUUUUAGUGAAAUAAGAAAUUGAUUCCGGUUAGCGUCAGUGGCCCGGAAAAAGUUUAGAGAAAUCAUGAGGCUGAACAAGCGAAGCCAGGUGGAACGAGCGGAAGUCUUUGGGCCCAUUCCGAGAGUAUAAGAGCAAUGCUACUCUACCUAGCGAAGCGACUUUAGCGAGGAUACUUCAUAUUGCUUUGAGAGAGUCCUUUCGAAUGAAGCGUAGUGGCAAAACGGUAUUAUCCAUCAGCACAGGCCAAAACAUAUACAUCUAGCUGUGUGUAGCCUCCGCUUGUGAUAUAGUAGCCACAAAUCGAAGGGACAGGUAGAGCACCAUCACCCAGUGAAGAGUGGAGCCUGAUCCAAACCAUCUUUCAAAAAUAUUAUUCUCCCACAAAGAAUAUCCGAAAAAAGUGAGAUCCUAGAACGACGAAGACGACCAUCAACGGCAGGCAGAUCCGUCGGUAAUUGCUGCUACAAGGCCAGACCCGUACAACCGACCUUGUCAACAGUAGAGUGAAGAAACUACCCUCCCCAUCGCUAACCGCCCAGCCAGUUGCGAGUGCCAGAAUGGCUAGUGGUCGAGCUCGAUUGCCGCCGACUCCGCAGGCCAGCAACGGCAGCGGAAAUGGCACCGGAAGCAGUUCGAGGCCGCUAGCCGAAAUGCACACCAACAACAACACGUACGCUCUGUCGGGGGCCGGGGUCGGGGACAAGUCCACCGGAUCCCUGCAGGAUAUGGCCGCUUCCCAUAUGCUGGACAAUCUGACCGAUCAGGAGCGCCAGAUUAUCCUGAACGUGCUCAACAGGGACGAAAACGUGCGCCAGGCGGAUGCGGCACGAAUCAUGCUCCUCCGGGCCGAGUUGUUCAGUUUGCGGAAGAAGGCCAGCGUGAAGGCAAUGGUCGGUGGCUCCCUCGAUCGGCCAACCUAUAUCGAAACGACCCGUUCCUGCUCGCGCUGCGGCGCCGAGCUGGGAAGGAUCAUCAACCGGGGAGCACCGUGUCGUUCCUGCCGGCUCCGGGUCUGUAAGGGGUGUCGCGAAUUCUCCACUCGCACCACCGACUGGGUAUGCGUAGUGUGCCAUAAGCAAAUAGAGCUGCAGGCAGCCAGUGAAGAUUGGAUGAGUGAUUACGCUGACAGCGACGUCCGCAGAACAUCGGUCAUCGCUGGGAAGGAUUACCUGCCGGCAUCGGAUUUGAUCAGAAAGAGCAUCCGGCGCUCCUGGACGAUAUCCAAUGCGGAAGAUGAAAACCGUCAGUCCGAAGGAGACACUGAUUCACAGCAAUAUACACAUUUACCUCGAAAGCAAUCGCAGAGCAGUUACCCAUCUCUGGUAAGAUAUCCGUACGUCAAUCCCUGCACAAUGGCCGACUACGCACAGGAGGACGAGUUCGACAACCAGCUUCACCUGCCGAUAGGGCGCCGAAUGCCAAGACAAUCCACGCUCCCAAAUCCCGAUGCCGGUAUGUUCUACGGCAGCAACAACAACCUGAUGCCACCAUCUGUGUCCCCGAAACAGCUCAGCCCCAGUCCACAGUACAGUCCGUACCACACGGACAACGAGAACGACGAUGCGGACCCGCAACCGCAAACUUCACCGAUUGCGGCGCGAUACAAAAUUCGAAGACAAUCAACACUACCCUGUAGGCCAAAUGAAAACCACGAAGUGGGCCCCAAACUGCUAUCCACUUCUCCAAACAGUAGAACCAACCUGUACAGUCGAUCGCCGGACAAAUCCGACGGCGAUCAACCCAACCCGAGAUAUCCACCGUUUGUACGUCAGUCAACUUUUCCAUCCAACUCCAGUGAUCCAUUUUUCCUGCAAAUUCAGGCUCAUUCACAGCAACAACAGCCACCUCAACCCGGCCAACAGCGCCAAUUGCCCACCUCACCCAAUCGGAUGCUAUUCAACAAAUCCCCCGAUAGUGGUGCCGAAUCGGCUGGCGACGGUGGAAGCUCCGGCAAUUCGUCGAUACCCCGCCGUUUUCAAAUGACCAGGCAAGCCACACUACCUAAUCCCGACCAGCACGUGAAACUGCUUCCUACCUCCCCUCCCAAAAAACAGCUCUCACCGCACAGUAUAAAACGCUCACCAGAGUUUGCACGCCAAAGCACACUCCCGGCACCAGACAGUAUGAACUCGCUCUCGGUUCAUCAGCACGGACCAAAAUUCAUGCCUAUCUCACCAAGACAAAAGCAAUCUUUUUUAUUUCCACAACCAGCACCUGCACCACGUCCUUUUCUUUCACAACAGCAUUUCCCAACGAUGGCCGAUGAGCCAUCGACGACACCUCAACAAAACCCAAGCACUCCGAGUGGUAGUGUUGGUGGCACCGGCGGUAGCACUGGUGGUCCACAUCACGCUUCCAAGAUGAUCAAAGUCCGUAGCCAUAGUAACGAAGAGUACAGUCUCAAUAGAGGAGGCACUGGAAUGCCAAGCGAAGGACGCAGGUUGCUGCCCGAAAUUCCGAGCAAUCGUUCGCCAAGACUGAAAACAUUUGCCGAGGCGAAACAAGCCAUGAUGGACGACUACGACCUAACGAACGACUCGACCACGCAGCUCCACUUCGACGAGGACGAGGAAGCGAGCUACUACAACAACGAGGAAAACUACGACACCUACAACAUCGACCGGCGGUUGCGCACCGGCGCGGCACCGGCCAACACGAUCAAGAGUGCUGAGAGCUUCCUGAACGAUUCGAGCCCGGAGUACUUCUGUCCGGAGGACUACCUGAAACAGCCGGGUGGCAAGAAGGAGCGACUGCGCCGACGAAAGUCGCGGGACCUGCCCGCCGAGCCGGAAACCGUGGCCUCAUCCAACGAGGACGAACCCGUCAAGCGGAAGCCGGAAACGAUGCGGUCCAUAUCGGAGGACUCGCCGGGAAACAAAGCGAUCAAGCCAACGCCGCGGCGGUCUCUGUCGCACCCGGAGAAGGAUUCACAGCAAAUGCCGAACGCCCGCAAGACGGAAAUCUCUAAAAUCCCAUCGCCCCGACCGCUCGCCGAAAUCCUGGAACGUGCCCAGCGAUCGAUAAAGCUACCCUCGCCCCGCCGUAAAGCGUUCAAAUCGAUGGACCAGGCAUGCGAAUCCGACAUAGUGGCAGCGCUGAAUUAUCCGUUCCAGCAGCAGCAGCAGCAACAGCAGCCACUCCAUGCUGCACCGGGGGCGAGCACCGCGACAACGACGGGCGUCGGUACUCCGGCGCAAGGAACACCCGUUGGUGGCAGUUCCGGGGCCAUCGCUCGGCCCGGUCCCCGUAAGAUCUCCGCCUUCCAGCAGAUACUGCAGAAUCAACGGCUGCAGAAACGCGACUCCAAGAGUUUGGACAUUGUGGCUUCCAAACUGAUGGAGGAGAAGUACGGCUACGAAGAGCCGGACGAGGACAAAUCGAAAUCGUUGGAUGAUGGCAUAUUCUGCGGCGAUAAGAACAGUGACAACAGCAGCGACGAGCAGAUCAAUUUAAUUGAUAAGAAGCACAAGACCUAUCUCGGCGAACAGGAGAUUCAGAAUGCCGUCGAAGCGGCUGCCGUCAUCUUCAAGAAGGUGGUCCUCCAGCGGCGCGAGGAGAAACGCACCAAAGACGAAGGUGACCACUGCUUCAACCCCCGCCAUCAUCCGCCGCUGCCAUUCCUGUACCAAAGUAGUCCGGGAUCGACGAGAAGACAGUUUCCACAAGAGGACCCAACCGCAGGCUCAUCAUCUUCCGAACCAGACAGCAACCUGGCCAAACUGCCUUUCACCGACUGCGAUGACUACCGCUUGGUAUUUAUCAGCUCGGAUUCGUCCGGCAAGGAGGAGGAAUAUGACAGCAGCUCUACCACUUCGUCCGUCUACACGCGCCACAGCAUCGCCUUGGAUGACUGCGACUGGGAUUAUUUUGAGCCCGGCAUAAGCACGACCACCAAAACGCUGCUAUACGACAUAACCGGCAGCAACGCUCAACCACACAGGAAUACUCCCCGGAAGAGAUCCAUUUUGCAAACAUCGCCACUUACCUCGCCUAUGUUGUACCGAAGAACCAGGCGAACCAGCGGUUCUCUCUACCCCCCGACAACGGCCUACGACACCGGGACGGAUGAUGAAUUUUUAACUCACACAGAGUCGUCCUCGUCCCCCACGCGAAGCGAAUGCUUUCUGGAAAACUUCGACCAAGAUUUUCGCAACUUGAAGGUCAAAUCCGGUUGCCAACAAUACAAAUGCGACUGCGGAUUCCGGAAGAGCUCACUUUGCGUACCGAUUCCGGUUCCGGUGCCCAUUCCCGUACCGAUGGCCACUUUCCAUAGUUGGUCCCAGAAAGGACCGAACCCGGAUCAGCUGGAUACGAUUUUGAAGGAGCAAAAUCAGCACGAACUCAUCCGGCAGCUGUGGAGGAAUUGUACCGGUGGGAGCGGCGAGGGAGCCGAGUUUAAGCCCCAUAACGGGACCUGCGUGCACUCGCCGUCAUGCUGCUGCCAGCAGCAUAACAAACAAAGGGGAACGAAGAAACCCAAUAUUAAAACUGCCGAUAGUCAGGAAAUGGACCGAAAGAGUUCUAAUGCGACUGGGCUAGCCCAUCAAACAAAUGAAUCCUACGAAAGCACUAGUGCAGGGGGGAAGAUACGCGGUAAUGGAAAUAGUAAUAAUGCCAUCAGCCCGGGGCGAUGGUUAUUGACUGGUGCUGUUGUUCCUCAUAACGAAAAGUUGUUUCGCAACAACGAUUCCCCAGGCAGGCACGGCUCGAGCCCAAGCCCGAGAGAAGCUCGAGAUCCAUUGGAUAGUACUGCGCUGACCGUUGCUGUCAACGCUGGUCUGGACUACGCAGCUCCAACGCAAGCCCCAUCAACGGCCAUCAUCAACAAACCUGCCACGGAUGCACAAGAUAACCUUCGCGAAUCUGCCAGCGGUCAUAAAAAUUCGCUGACCUCGGGCACCGCAGAACAACGGCCACAGAGAUCGCAUGACCGUAAUUGCAGCAGCAGCAGUGGUGGCGAGAAAUUAUGUGCGCCGUCCAAAAUUAACGAAGAAAACCUACCAGCGCACCAUCAUCUUGCAGCGGUAGUCACAAAUACAUUAAAGGCUGAACAACCACUUGUGAACGUGCAAGUGCAAAAACCUGUACCGCGGCAGCGUGGUGUGAGUGAAUCGGUAAUAACUGUACCGCCACGGUGCGAGAGAGAAAAACAUCAACAACGCGGAAAAAGCGAAGAAGAACUGGCGAACCAGUCGGACGGCGACGAAGACCACGGCAAUGGUAAUGUAAUAAGCUCGCUGUUAAUGGUUACUAUAUUCUCCGAUGCCUUGUGCACUAAUAGACAGCGCUCACGCAAUGACACGCUGUUCGAAGUGACCGACGAGUGUGCGACUGUUGCGGCCGGUGAAAAACGGGAAAACUAUGCGGAAAAUUCGGGUGGUGCACAGCAGCUAAACAGUGGCGACGAGUUGAGGUGUGACGAUAGCAUGUCUUAUCAGUCGCUCGAUAACGGCAGCAUGAUAACAUUGGGGAAGACAACAGAUGUCAAAACACCAUCACCUUCACCGCUACCAGCAUCGGUCGAAGAUGGGGAAUUGAAAGGCUAUUUGUUGUCCGAGAGCCGGUUUAGUUCUUCGCAGUCGUCGGUGGCCAGUAGUGAUCUGGAGGAUCAGGACACGAUCGACAAUUCAUCGGUGAAACCUCGCUCAGUGCAACAUGUUUCUGAAAGUGAACUGGCAGGCCCGUAAUGUUAUGCAGAAGUGAAAGGUCUUGAGAGUGGGGACAGUACAGAUUCCUCAACAUCAUACAGUUCGUCGGAGGGUACCGAUACGGACGACACGGGGACUAUCGCCGACCGGAGGCCGAAAUCGAAAAAGUUUUACCAAGUGUUGGUCGUCAAUACCGGUUCCGAUGUGGAGUCCAGUGAUUCGGACUUAUCCAGUGGUACUUCAUCCAACUGUUUGAUGCAAGAUGCAAAAUCCGACAGUGCGGUUGCCCAGGACAGUGGCAUUGUGCUAAAGCACAUCCGAUUGGUUACCUCCGACGACGAGAGGCGAAGUGAAAGUGAAGAUUUCAAGGAACGGAUUUCAGCUUUUGAAGGCCAACUAGAAUCAGUGAGAAUGGACCACUUGAAAGAAUUGUGUGCAGAAGAAAUUCCCAAAAAUAGCGCAACCACUUCUCUCGCUGUGAUUAAUGACGAAACAGUGGAAAUGGAAGAGGCACCAGCAACGGAGGAAAAAGCUUCCACGCCGACAUGUGUCGAAAGCUCCGACUGUGUGGGUGAUCCCAGCAUAGAGCGAGACAGCCUAUGUGGGGAGGAAAACAUAGAAUCACCUCAACAGGUAUCCGCAAAACGUGACGACGACAACAUAGAAGCCAUAAGCACGACCACCAGUCCACUGCCAUGUAGCGAAGGUGGCCAAAAUGAAAACAAACACACCGAUCAGUGUGAAGGUGAAGAGCCAAGCCAAAACAUAGUGCAACCAGAAGAGGUGCCGCCACCAAUACCACCCCUUCGCGAUCAUCACACCGUCGCGAGCUUGUCGUGUGUUGCUGCCUCCUCAGUUGUAAACGAACGAUCGUCCAACACGGAUGUAAUUAACUCUCACGUAGCAGCGACCAAUGCUGCUAACAAUCGAUACAAGAGUUUAAUUUUGAUUGGCCCAGGCAACGGCACGAUUUCAAUGGCCACCGAGUCCCCAACACCCGCGGCACUGUCCACGACGCUCGGGAAUGCUGAACUGCAGCAACCUCACCAUGUGAGUAUCGUCACAAGUCACACGACCCGUAUCGUGAGCAGCAGUGACGACGACGAUCAGCAUCCACCCACCACCUCCUCGACGUCGUCAUCGGUCACGGUAAAGCACACCAACUGGAUAUCGAUGGCGAUGCAGGAGGAAGAGGAGGAGGAGGACGACUACGGUGAUGACGUCGUGCCAUUAGACGACGAACCCGAUCGUUCGCUCGAUCGCGGUCUGGCGGGAUAUUUCAACUUCUCAUUAGAACAAGCGUCACCGCAAACAAACAGGCGACCUGUGAAAAUCACAACGAACGAAAGUGCAAUAACUAGUGUAGUGUCGGAUAGUGCAGGCGGGAGCGUUUGUGUCAGUGUUCAACCAAGCAAUAGUAGCGAUCUAGAUGAGUGUAGUGAAUGCAAUGUUUCAGAUGCGAUCGCCACCAGUGAAAGUGGAUCAAUGAUCAAAAGUAGUCAAAGCGCGAUGGUCGAGUGUGGUAGUGGAAGAAGUAGCCGGAACAGUAACAGUAGUGGUAGUUUGAAUAACAGUAAUAAGAAUGAAGACGUAACGGUAGUCACAGGUGCGGAUACACUGUCGGCGGUAGUCUGUCUGGAAGACGGUCUAGCGGAUGACGAUUCGUGGGUGGAAGAAGUGAGUCAUGAUGAAGAAGAAUUCGCGACAACGACAGCAACAGAGUCCGAUAUGCCUUCUGGAGAAGAAAUUUCGCUGGGGGUCGAUCGGGAAGAAGAACUCCGUGGAUAUCACAGAGCGGCGAUUGAUUUCACAUUGCAUACCAUCGUGGAGGAGAGCUGCGAGGAUAGUGAGGCUGAGUCGAACAGAACGUCGAAAUCAAAACAAAGGAAUCGAAUAUCCGCUUCCGAGUUGGAAAAGUACUUCUUUUAUGGACUGGGUGACGGUCCCUCGGGGUCGUCCAUUCAGAACAUUCGGGAUGAUAGCAUUUCGGAGAGUAGUUCAGUGUGUAGUGAAGGGCUCGAUUCACUUGGUGCUGCCGAGGAAUCAAUGGGGACAUCAACAGAAUCCGCCGACCUGGCAUCGUCGCGUUUGGAGAAAUAUUUCCUAACAGGAUUCAUGGGUUUCACAUCGGAGCGUAAUGAGUCGGAUGGGAGUGGAAGUGUUGGUAGUGAUAGCGAAGGACAUCCCAGUCCAGAACAACGGCGCAAACGAUUGGUGAGAGCUCGAGGAGCUGGUAGAUCACAGAGCUCUUCGUUGGACAAUCUGCUCACCAAGGACACUGAACUCGAUCAACAAGCAGGUGACAUCCACGAAGCUUCAGAUUCUUCCGAAACGGACACUUGCGAUGAAUCCACCAAUCAAAUGGAUAAGAACGAAAGUUUGUACGAUACUGCAAAGCGGAAGAAAAAAUUCUCCAAGAAGACUGACUCUGACGACUCGAAAAAACAUUCGGAACUUCAACAACUAUCGCUUCCACACAAAUCGGACUGUUCGGAGGACGAAUGUCGGAAAACUCCCCAACCAGAUCAUCUGUUACCUCCGACUAGUCUUCUAUCUGAGAGCAAGAAGCAAAACAGUCGCGACAGUGGUUUCAUCGGCAGUAACGAUGAUUUAUUGAAAGACGGCGAAGCAGUCAGAUCUCCAGAGCUUAAGCUAGAACUUGAAGAAAUCCAAGAGGAAAACAAAUCGGAUGAUCUCAAAGAAGAAAACAGUUCCUAUACAGCUGCCCCCUCAGCCGGACCACCACCCACCAACCUGGUGCUGGAUAGCUUCAACAACUGGAGCUCGGAUGAGGAAACCAAUCUGAUGAUGUCGAAAAUGCGUCAAUUCUUCAAGACGCUUGUCGUAGCAUCGGCCAACAGCAGAGCUGCCUCGCGCAAUUCCACUCCGGCCGUCAGUGAAUCCAACACUCCAAAGCACGGUACGCCCGUUCCGAAGGCUCGCAGCCGCAGCAAACCGACUACUGGCUAAUUGUACUUCGAGAACGAACUCACCAGACUGAUGAAAACCGUUCCCGGCAUUCGGGACGAACAGGUACGCGAGAUUGUCGAAUACCUCAGCAGUGAAGACACCUGGUCGGAUUCUUACGAUUCUUCGGAUUACACGAGCUCCGAUCUGGAAGGAGCCGUGUCUCAGAAAUCCGAACUUCAACAACAGAUUUCAGCUAGCUGCCAACAGAUUAUUAAUAAGUUCGAUAUGUUAGAGAAGGAUGAGGAGGGUGACAUGGGGGACGGCGGAUUGAUCGAGGAACCACACACACUUAACAAGGAAACGGCUUUCGUGUACCAGCGGCUGGUGGCUUCACUAUCGAAAAUGACGAAAAGCGAGGAAAAGCCCGUAAGCGUGACCAGUUCACCGCCUCUGAUUGCCAAAGUAAUGCACCAUAUUGGAAGUCGAUUGGUGGCGCUGAUGCAUGAAGUGAGCAGCGGAGAAUCGCAUGCAAGUGCAUCGCCCAAAUCCACCACACUGCGAUAUCAUCAGCGGAAGGUGCAACCGAACAUAUCGGCAACAACAACCGAGGACGAUGAUAGCACAUCGGAAAGCAAUAUGGAAAAGAAUGAGGAUCUGGGAUAUAUGCUUCCAAGGAGUAAAAGUCAUGACUUGCUCCUGGGCGAUGCAAGACCGCAACAUCACCAGUCUUCAAACAGUGGAGAAAUGGCAGGAGAAGAGAAGGAAGCUAGUGAUUAUGAAAGGUUUUCAUGGAGGGGAAGUUUCGAGUCGGCACUGCUGGCCAACGGAGAUUCCCGAUCGAAGUUGUCGAUUUUGGACAACUCUAGUUCAUCGAUAUCAGCUUUGGCUGCAAAGCGUAGAUCGGCUGGCGAUUUGCUGUUCAACAAUCAAAACCUCAGCCGCGAACAGUUGGAUCGUGUGCGCAGUUGCGGCAGUAUAGGCGGUGAAAGGGAAGACUUCGAAUCUUCCAAACUCUGGGGAUCUUCCCAGAGUCAGAAAACUCCCAGAAGGAGAUCGAGCGUUGCUGACGACACCGAUUCCGACGAUUCCACUCGGAACGAUAAUCGCCUGGCAUCGCGUUCGACGCUUCCUCGCAGCCUCCAGAAUGCAAACUCGGCCGUGAAUACCAACUCGUUGCCACGUCUUCCAACGUCCAACAUGCAGACAAUUAUGCAAUCAGCUCCGUCCAGCUCGGCGUCAACCUCGUCGGUAAUGCAGAAAUCGCAGAGCGUUUACCACUUUCUGCAGAACAAUGUGAAGAGCGCCCGUUAUCGGUUCAACCAUAGACCCCCGAGUGCACCGAAACGUGCCGUAUCGGCACCAGGUCUGCAGCAGCCUCUGUAUCCACGUCGAGAACGACGUCGAAUUCAGAGCAAUCUCAGCGAGGAAACCGGAACGCUAGAGUCGGGCAGCUCGCCACUGAUAGGCGGAAAUCGCAAUGACGCCACCGGUGGAAGCAAUCAGGAACUGUCCAGCACCGGUGCUGGCGGUACUACCGCCGGAAGAGAUGGCGGCGGCGGCGGCGGUGGAAGUGGUUCCGGAGGUGGUGCCCAUCGCAGUAUCGCCACCAGUCCGGUCGGGUCGGCCGCAUCGGAGCACUGGCCAUCGCAGUCGGACGAAGACAUCGACCGGCUGGUGGCGCUGCACCAGAACCGGGCGUCCCUCAGCUCCCUGGGGCUGCGGUCCGACUCGAUGGCUUCGGUGUAUUCCGGGGCCGGCGAGGGACGGUACGGGACUGUUACGGUUCGCGGACAGAUCGAAUUCGGUAUGCAAUACAACUACAAGCAGGGCGCGCUGGAGAUCCACGUGAAGCAGUGCAGGGAUCUGGCGGCGGUCGACACCAAGCGAAACCGAAGCGAUCCGUACGUGAAGGUGUACCUUCUGCCGGACAAAUCCAAGGGCGGUAAGCGAAAGACCAAAGUGAAGAAGCACACGUUGAAUCCGGUGUUCGACGAAGUGCUCCGGUUCCACAUGUCGCUGAGUGGUUUGCAGACAAGGACGAUUUGGCUGACGGUGUGGCAUUCGGACAUGUUCGGGCGUAACGAUUUCCUCGGUGAGGUGAUGAUGGGACUGCAGGGCAAGGUGUUCGAUAAUCCUGCCCCACAGUGGUACCAGCUACAGGAGAGGAGUGAACCAUUCGACGAUCUGUCAGCGUACAAGGGGGACAUCAUCGUGGGGUUGAAGUACAUUCCGCCCGAUUCCGAGGGCGGGACACCACAGCAUCAGCACCACAACGGCAGCGGUGGCGGAACGUUGAAUUUGCGGAAGUUCAGCACCAGAUCGAUCACCUCGACGUCAUCGAACUCGUCCGGUCCGGGAAGGGGCGCCCUGCACGUACUGGUGAAGGAAGCGAAAAACCUACAGCCACUGAAGGCGAACGGAACCUGUGAUGCAUUUUGUAAAAGCUAUCUUCUUCCAGAUAAAAACCGCAGUUCGAAGCAGAAAACGCCAGUGGUGAAACGUGCCAACUCGCCCGUCUGGAACUACACCUUCAUCUACGAGGACGUCUCACUAGCGGAACUGUCCGAACGUGCGCUGGAGCUCACGAUAUGGGAUCACGACCGAUUGGCGAGCAACGAGUUCCUCGGCGGCGUUCGGUUUUCGCUGGCCACCGGUAAACACAACGGCAGGUCGGUCGACUGGAUGGACUCCACCGGCAAGGAGCUGUCGCUUUGGCAGAACAUGAUCAACAGACCAAACUUCUGGGUGGAAGGUGCCCUCGUCCUUCGGCCCUCGCUAGACAAUGUAAGGUUCCCGUCAUAAUUUUGCGAAACCCCUGUAGAACAAUCCUGGGAAGUCGCGUAGUAGUGGAUUUCCCCUUCCCCCGUGUCCCUUUCUUAGAAGAUAUGUACGCAGUGGUAGUAGUAAAUGAGAUAUGAAGAGAUGAAUAAUCAUUCCAACUUUGUGAUGUUGCUUUACAACAAACCUAAUCAUAGAUUGUAAUCCCAGAUAUUUUUAAGGAGAGUAAGCGACGCGCGACACUAGCAAGAGCAUUUUUGAUUACCUAACCUUAUGAACGACAAUGAUGCUUAAUGAUGAUCGGUGUUCAGAUAGGAGACGGAGGAGACAACUAUUGGGAGUAUACCUUUUACGCAAUGAGUAAGGUUUUUAUAAACUUUUAUUUUUUCGACACUAUAUCGUGAGUGAUGUGCGUCUUUGGAACUAAGGAAAAUCAGAAAAUAAAGAAAACAAAACUCUUUUUGUGUGUAAAUAGGCUAGUUAUACACAUUGAAGAACAAAGUAUUAUUUAUCAACAAGAACACAAAUCAAGCAAAGAGAUUCUUCUUUUCCCUCCAUUUACUCUAAAAUAGAUGUGAAAUGUAGUCUCUACAAAUAUUUUUCUCCAAGGCGGGCACAGUCCAACGGUGACCACCUCUUUCGACUACUCUUUAUGACCGAAACUAAACAAAAGUUGUGAACUUUUCCGCGAACAUUGUACAUACUUAUACAGAGAAGCAGAAUCACUAUUUUCUAACGCUGUGAAUCUUUACUAAAUUCAUGUUGGAAGCAAAACUCCCGAGCGCUGCGUUCAAUGCAGAAUGAAAACACUGAGGAUAAUUAGUAUCUACACUUAGGGAGUAAGAACAACACAAACAAAACUUUAAACUUUUCAAACUCUCCGUUCCGAAUGAUUACCAUGAUAAUGGGGAAGGAGAUAAAACCAGAAAAAAGAGAAACAAUUUGUGACACUGUCAGACAGUGGACUUCGUUGCAAUAUAUACACUUUAAUGAUUACGAAUGCAGAGAACCAUGGACACAGGAUCAAGAAAUAGAAGAAAAAUAGCUGGAUUAUUUUACACCGAACGGAAGCAAAACAGAUACUUAAAGAAAGGGCAUAACUUAUUUACCAAACCACGAGAAAAAUCAGAUUGAGCAAAAAAAACCUUCGAAUUAGAUUGAAGCGGUGAAAGAUGGUGAGCUGAAGGAAAACGACUGAUCGUGCGGGAAAUCUUAAUUGUAGUUGGAAAAAAAAAGUUGCAGAUUGAUAGGAUUUGGUGCGAGUCUGGCACGGUUGCGCGUUUAGGAGCGAAUCGGCAGGAAUAACCAGAAGUACUCGAAAAUGAACUCUGCGAAGGAAUUGACUUUUGACAUUUCCAUACCAUCAUGCAACUUGGCUAAUAUUUCUGGAGAUGCCUGCCGCUUCAAAGUACAAGGAACGAUUGUGAAGAACGUCAAGACAGAUGACACAACUCUUAUGAACAAACAAAAAAAAAACUUAGUAAAAAGCAUAAAGUAGUAAUCACAUAUAUAUUGACAUUGAAUAGAAACGUUUCUUUUUAUCCCAGUAGAAGGUUUGAACUUUUUCGACGAGUAAUUGACAAAGUUACAUUACAAUCAUAUUUAAUGAAGAAACCCCGAACAGGACAAAAAUGUAGUAGUAGUGCAGUAGAAUUGGUAGUUGUUUACGAACAGAAAACAAAUUCAAACUAAGGAAUAGAAAUUGUUGUUGGUACUUAUCCGACCGAGAAUUGUGCAAUUUUCAUUUCUGUAUAGACACUAUGCCAAACAUUUUAAAACCUUGGUUUCAAACGUUGGAUAAGAAUAAACAAAUUUUGGAAGAAGAAUUGUAGCAAACCUAACCGUAACAUACGUAUGAUAAGAAAAUUGUACAUAACACUCUUUGGUUCUACCCUGAUUUCGUUGUUCCCCGCCUUCAACGAAGGACGGUGCUGGUCGGUUCAAGGGUCCGUUCUCCAUAUCCUACGAGUAACGUUCAGGAGAAGAAAAAUCCGACACCUAGAUCUCGAAUUACGUUCCCCCGAAGUCCGAUUUCCUUUCAGCUCUUUUGAUGUUUGUAACCAUUUAAAAUAAGCUGUUUUGUCUGAGAUUAAAAGACACAUCUAUAUACUGUGAACUGUUUCUUCAUAUUUACAAUCUGUUGAGUAUUACUAAUCUACUUAAAACAAAAACUCACUUUAGUGAUAAACAACAAAAACACUAGGGCCAAAUUUAAGCUCACUCAUUGAUAUGAAAAAAAAAACAAAAAAUCAUACAAGUUCUUCUCCAAGCUAUGACACGGAUGCUCAAUUAUAUCAUUUAUAGUUAAAACAAAUUAUAACUGGAUAAAUGCAUGCAAUUCUAAUUCUUAAGCGAAAAAAACAUUUCAUACUAACUUCUUCUAGGAAAAAAACCUCUGUGCAACCGUAAAAGGAUAAAAACGACGAGCGAGAAUAGAAACUACUUUAAAUUCUUAUGCUAGUUAGAAUGCAAAGGACGAGCAUGUUGUGUGCGAGUUAAACUCAUCACUCUCUCAUAUCCACAAUCACGAAAAAGGAAAAAUCCAAUACAAUUUUUAAAAUUGGAAAACCAACACAAAACUCACUUAUCCUUCUCGACCAACCGACACGAAACGAUGCAAACAAUAAGAAAAACUGAUUGAAAAAACAACACAACACCGACGAGAUAAUUGAAAACAAAACUGUGUGAAAUCCGAAACAACAUUUAAACAAUAUUGUCGAAAAAGCAAAAUUCUAGUGUUAAACAAUAAACUUAUUUAUCAAAAAUCACGCUCCUUUUCUAUUCGCAUGUGAAAAUUUUUCCUCCUACUUUCCGAUUCGCAGCUUUCCAAUUUGCGUUCUUUCCUAUUCUACCAUCUGUUCAAUUCAGUCCACGUAUCAAGAAAAAAAAAGUAAUUCAUUCAGUAGUUGCUACGGCAUUAUAAUAGGCCCCAUAGUUUAUCAGCAGAACGUUUAUAGUUGCUUCAUUGAUAAAGCCAAUUUAAUGAUAACAAUAUACAAAGAGAACACAACAAAUCAAAUUUUAUGAGUAGCAAACGUUGUGAGUUAUCGCUUAGAAAAAGUUUUUCAAUUUUUUGCCCCAAACACUGUAGGAGACAGGCCGGAAACGAAGUUUGCAACAGCAGCAGUGUCAAAAUUGAAUUGUCACACAAAAUUGAUUUUGAAUCACAUGAAGGGAAGCUCACACAGGUCACAGACACAUAUGAAUACGCCCACAUACAUACACUCACACACACAUACAAUUGCAUAAUAGAGGCAUGAAACGCAAGUAGCAGCGAGCAACACCUAACAGGCAUGCAAAGUUCGAAUGGAAUGCUUAACAAAUUGUAGCCGAACAAAUAUUGGACAUCGAUAGUGUAUAGCGCUAGGGCGAGCGGUCGCGUUGUGGAAGGCCGAACCGAAAGGAAUGCGAAUGAGAAUGUUAUACAACAAAAUUAUAUAUAUAUUGAAUUUGCAAUAUACAUCAAGAUUAACAAAAACGAA